CUCACUGCUGCUGGGUACGGGUACGCGUCAGCAUCACUCUUGCUUUGUGCACGCAAGUAUUGCAAGGCAACUGUAGCCAGCUCCCAGCCGCAAGGUGUUUAGCAAGCACUUGGUACAUACAACCAUAUUGCAGUUUACCGGUACUUGUCAAACAUUGCCAUUGGAUUUGAGUGAGCAGUCCAAGUACAAUGGAGAACGAGGGCGUGUCUAGAUCUGUAUCUGAGGAAGGAUGGCAGCCGCCUCUCUUUGCAGCGUCAACAUGGACUCUCAUCAUUGCAGCUAUCUCUCUCUUCUUUGUUUAUGAUUACUGGCGCCAUCACUACCUGGCCCGUAUUGGUAUUGCAGGGCCCAAACCCAAGCCGUUCUUCGGUAACUUUCUAGAAAUGAUAUUCCACACAAAUGGAGUAUGGGGCUGGUAUGAAGAUAUCAUUGAGAAGUACGGCAAGGUAGCCGGGUGUUAUAUGGGAGGAAGCCCCAUUGUGAUAAUUGGUGAUGUUGAGUGGGUCCGACAACUGUGCAUCAAGGACUUCGCCAGCUUUGUCAAUCGCAGGUCUGAAACCAUUGACAACAAACCGUUUCAUAAAUCCCUGACUACUUUGAGAGACAGUCAUUGGAAGGACGUCCGAGGGAUUCUCAGUCCAACAUUCAGUGGAUCCAAGAUGAAGCUGAUGGCACCAAUCGUCAAUGAUUGUCUGGAUCCAAUGAUACGGAAAGUGACCAGGUUGAAUAAAGAAGGCAAGGGGUUAGAAUUCAAGGAGGUCUACAGUGGCUUUCUGAUAGAUGCCAUUGGCAACACUGCAUUUGGGUUGACCCUCAACUCCCAGGAAAAUUCUGAUGAUCCCUUCCUCCAUAAUGCCAGAGACAUCUUCAAGUUCAGAUUCAGCAUAGCGAUUUUGGUUGUGCUGCUGGCCCCUAUCCUGUCUCCUGUUGUGAACUUUUUCAACCUGACCACGUUUGACCGGAAAACUCUGAAGUUCUUCGAGGAUGUGUUAGACCACGCUGUAGAAGUCAAAAGAGCUGGAACUGCCAAGCGAGUGGACUUCCUGCAGCUGAUGCUAGAUGCCCAAGAGAGGACGGAGGAUGACAAAGCAGAGGCCACCGAGGAAGAGAAACAGGAAGAAGAACAUCGAGCCAAGAUGAGCAAGAAAACGCUCACCGCGGAUGAGAUCAAGUCACAGGUGCCCACAUGUAGAUUAAAAGGCAUUAUCGACGAUGGAAAGGAAUACAUCACAUGCACAGUCAUGUAUGUAAUGGACAACCAGUGUGUGAACCAACUUGCACGCAUACAUGUACUCCAUUCAUUUGCACUGCAUUUCCUGGUUCAAGAGAAGUCACACUUUGUGCUGCAUAACCGUAAGCCAAUAUCACGGCAUGUCCUCAUGAAUCGUUUCCUUUUUCCCCAAAGGUUUUCACCAGAGCAACGUGAGAAGCGCCAUCCCUGUGCCUAUAUACCCUUUGGUGCUGGACCACGCAGCUGCAUUGCCAUGCGUUUUGCACUCAUGCAGGUUAAAAUGGCACUGGUGCGAAUGCUUCAGAAUUUUCGUCUGGAGACUUGUGAGGAAACUGAGAUUCCACCUGUUCUGUCAAAGUUUGGAUCCUUGACCCCAGCCAAGGGCUUCAGGCUCGCUGCUGUUCCUCGAUCUUAAAGAUGCUACCAGACAGUUGUCUGGUAUCGGGAGCUAUAAUGCCCCACAUGUUCUGCAGCUGUCAUUUUGCUACAGGCAGUCACAAACCAUUUUGAUUUUGCCUCAUUCGUUUCUGCUCCUGCUUGUAAAAUAUGUGAGGGUAAUUCUUCAAUGAGCAUUUGAUUUUCUUAGCAUUCAUGAAGUAUAGUUGUAGAAAAGAGCCCAUGAAUCAAGGAAUCAUUCGCGUUGUAGCUAGCUAUUUGCAGAGGUGAAGAGAUGGAAACAAUAUUACAGGACAAGUAGGACAGCCUUUUUGUUAUCAACAGCACACAGAAUAUCGUUAUGGACCUUCAGGAGAGCCAUCUUUACACUGUGGAAUGAGCGGAAGGCUGAUUGUGUGGCUUCAUGUAGAUAAUACUUUGACAAAUGCACAUUUCAUCCUGCCGGCAUUAUUUUUGAAAAGUCCUUUUUGUUACCCUCAGAGCUGUUGAUCCUGGCAUGAUACUACAAAGAUUUAGCUUUGCACUCUUUGCAUACAUUUUAAUAAUGUAAAUUUUAUAAUUUUAAGGAGAUUAUUUAAUCUAAAUACCUCAUCACUUUACACUUGUAUUGUGUGUAAUUUUGGCUUUAAUUGUUAACAUAGGAAAACGCCUGUAUGCAUCAUUUAAAACAGUUAAUUUAUAGAGUCAAUCACAGUGUUGUUUGAUUGUGUUUGGGGGCAAAUUAAAUUCAAAUGAAAGUAAGCAUAUACGUAAAACAGUUUUUAAAUUCACCGGUAAGCUAAUACUGUAUAAUCAGCUUGUAUUGAAUUGGUUUUAAGUUUUGCUAGACGAAUUCAUUAUGUGUUGUUUUUGAUAUUUCAAGCAAUAUUUCCAAAAUAAAUGUUACCCUUUCGUGUCAAAAUUUACCCAGAAAGUAACCUAUGUACUGCAAAUGGUCAUGUGAUACGCAUUAGUAGCUGUUCAGUAAUCUCAUCGUUGGAGUAAAUCCUAGAGAUGGAGGUUAGAUGGGGAAACAUAUCCCCCUUUUAUGACCGGGGAAUGAGUCAACCCCUCACCCUCAUCCAACACACACCCUUACAUUUGUAUUCAUGUGGGGUAUUGCCUUUGUUCGUGUGUACUAAAAAUUAACCUGUUAAAUACUAUUUCAAAUUGCUCCCAUUUGAACCAGACUAUCUUUCCUGGGUUGAUAUUUCGAUCAAUUUAUUGACCUUAUGUCAAAUACUUCGAUUUGGGUCAGAUACGUGUAUCUUGGAAAUUCCUCCUUUUUGAGCAAAUUCCGAAAUUCUGUUUCUUGAAAUUAGGGUAUUACCCCACAAGGAAAAUGGGUGUUCCUUGUAGGGCACAUCCUAUUGUUAUGUUCCACAAGAUACCAACACACACAACAUUUUAUGUAGAGGUUGUUUAAAAUUUUGCAUCAACCGACAUGUAGACGAAAAAAGUGAUGUGAGUCAGGUUUAAUAGCCUCCCAACUAUAGUACAUGCACGUCUGUAUUCUGAACAGUACCCCUUAGUGUAAUGUGAUGUCCAGCCCUCGCCCCACGCCUUUACUUAAUCCCCACUACCUUUACUUCCCCACUACCUUUUUAUAAUUUCCAUAAUCCGUCAGUUUUGAUAAUUUCAUUAUGCCCCAUCGCCAGGUCAAGGAUUUACGCCAAGAGUAGUAGUUGUUAAGAAUUUUGGCAUUAUCAACAUUUCAUCGCUCACCCAUUUUAAAAGGUUAAGUCUGGUAUUAUUUGAUUUUUUUUCAGUGCAUAGUAAUAGUAUCACAAACAAUCAAAUACAAGCUUUCUGUCACCAUGAA